AUGUCUAAAGAAUCCUGUGAUAUUCCAACGAUAUCAAUAAAUGAUAAUGAAAUGAAAGACUUAUUAAAAUACCUUUACAAAAAUGAAUCUUUAUUAAAAGAAUAUGGCGGUAUUAAAUUAAUUCCAUCCGGAGAUUUUCGAAAUAAUUUAAAAAAGACAUCAAUAAAUCUUUCAUCUUGUUCAACCAUUCAGCAAGUUAAACAGAUUGAUAAUGAUAAUUUGAUUUAUUCAAUAAAAACAAUUCCAUUGAAUGAAAAUCAACAAAUUGAAAGAGAAAAUUGUUUAAUCGAUGAUCAAAUAUUUUGGCUGUUAUUACCAAAUGGUUGUCAAACACAAAAUCUUCCAAGUAUUUCAUCUAUUCCAAAUCAAUCAUUAUUUUUAAAACGUGUUCAACGUAAUCAACUAGAUUUCCACCAGUUACCUUAUCAAUCAUUACUGAAAUUAUGUGGAAAAAAAUUUUGUAAGAAUCAUUAUUCAUCAACAUUAAGUCAAGCGCAUGGAUCUGCUUCGAUAUUUCCGUUAUCUUCAAAUAAACAAGAUCUUUAUCAAUUUAACUAUCAUUAUCAAGGUGGGAUCCGUUAUUGGUAUAUAAUACCAUUUAAUGAAAGAAUUAAAUUAGAACAUCUUAUGAAAGAAAAUUAUUCGUCAAUAUGUUUUGAACAUACUGAUAUUUUAGUCGACCCUUUAUUAUUUAAUAAAUAUAAUAUUAAAUAUAAUAAAGUUGUUCAACACCCAAAUGAAAUUCUUAUUUUAUCGUCUGGAAUUCUUUCACAAAGUUUUACUCAAAAUGAAAUUUUAUCGGAAUCAAUUCAUUUUGCGUUACCAAAUUGGUUUUAUGAUCACUUGACAAGCAAUUCUUUUUUAUCAUAUCAUUUUCAAUUAUCUUCGAAUUUAAGUAAAGAAGAAUUAAUCGAUUUUAAUUUAUUUAAUAAUAGCAAUAUUGAAAAGUAUAUCCAAAAAUAUCUUCAAAUCAAUAGUCAUCAAAGUGAAGAUUCCACAUCAGAUAAAGAUACACCGUUUCCUAAUGAUGUUAAUGAGUAA